UGGGAAGCUCCCGGUAGAAGGCGCGCGCCCGCGGGAGGGGCCGGUAGAAAAUGGCGAGUCUGUGCAGAAGGCAGCAAUGCACGAUCGAGAGGCGCGGCUUUCGGCAGGAGCUCGACUCGUGGCGGCAUAAACUCAUUCACUGUGUAGGGUUUGAAAGCAUUUUGGAGGGGCUGUUUGGACCAGGACUCGUAAAAGAUCUUACCCUCUUUCAAGACUGUGAGCCGGAGGGUGUGUCAGAUUGGUCGUUUGAUGAAAAUUGUCUCUUUUGCUGCUUGAGACGUGAAAAAGUGAAGGAAAAUUUGGUUGGUUUGAACAACCAAGUGUAUUCAGAAGCAGACAGCUUCAAGCAAGAGCAGUCCAACAUUAACAAACUUGAGAAGCAAGCAGAGGAUUUCCUCAAUGUUGUCUUUUAUAGAAAGGCAGACCUCCCGAGAUUUACAGACCCCCACAUUCCUCUAGUGGCUCGUGAGAUCAUGCAGCGAAUGAUCCGACAGUUCGCUGCCGAAUAUACCUCAAAAACCAGCUCAACUCAGGACGUACCCCAACCCCAGGCCCAGCCCAACGGCACCAAGGACCAAAGCCUGCCGAAAGCGCCCUCGCUGGAGCCGGACGCCUCCGCACCCGGCGCCGGCGCUGCUGCCGCUGCCUCCGCACAGAAUCCCGUCCUCAGCAAGCUUCUCAUGGCAGACCAGGACUCCCCACUGGACCUCACCAUCAAGAAACCAGACACUGAACCCAGCGAACAAGAUGGAGUCCUUGACCUCUCAACUAAGAAAAACCACAGUCAUGGUAGUGUCUCACUGAAAAGCUCUCAAGGUUUCUCAAUCAUGCCCACAGUUAAGGGGCGUUCCCAGAGAGCUGAUCACAACUAUCGAGAUGUUGAUGAUGAAGAUGGCUUGCCACCGAGAAGCUUGCAUGAUGGGAUAAGGGAGAACUGUAUUGGUUCUGGACCCCUCAAGCCACCCUUGGCCCGCUCGCUCCUCAUAAAAGAGGAACUCCUGAGCCAGAAACAUCGCCUCCUUGGCCAACCUCUAUCUUUGGCUAGCCUAGAGUCUGCGGGUCUCCUCAACACCCAAGCCCAAUCCCUCCUUUCCCGUGAUGGGACAUGGGGGAAAACCCAUUUAGAUGGCCUCCUGAAGCUCAAACAAGUUAGCGGCGACCUCAAUGACCUGGCUCUUUUCCAGGAGAACCAAGGCGUGUUCACCAAGGGUACAAAGUCCCAUGAUAGUGGUUCCAUCACGGUAAAGAAAGAACCCGGACAUUCCCCUCCAGUGGACUUGAAGAUCCCGCAAGUCAGAGGCAUGGAUCUGUCUUGGGACUCCCAUGGGAAUGCAUCGGAUCUCUACACUUACAGCUCUAUAGUUUUGGGCAACGUGCACUCUGAGAAUGCGCUCAGUCGGAAGCUGAGGGCCAUCUUGCCAAAGCAGGGUCGGAGGGCCGCUCUCGGAGGCCUUCUCGAUGGAGGAGCCAUGGGCGAGUACUGGGGUGCAGACCUCGAGCAGCCAACUUUGGGACCUCAGUACCCGACUUCAGAUCCAGAGGCAGACCCGACCGGCUCCAAGCAACCCAGAAAGAAAAGGGGACGGUAUCGUCAGUACAACAGCGAGAUUCUAGAAGAGGCCAUUGCUGUGGUGAUGGGUGGGAAGAUGAGUGUUUCGAAGGCACAGAACAUCUAUGGUAUUCCCCAUAGUACCUUGGAGUACAAGGUGAAAGAGAGGUUGGGCACCCUGAAGAACCCACCAAAGAAAAAGCUUAAACUGAUGAUGAGGGCAGAGGGGCAGGACUCUGGGAUCACCGCCGAAACUGAAUCCAUGUCGACGCCCGCCACCACACCCAUCGCAAUGCAAGUGGAUGUCUUGCAGGAGACAGGAGACAAAGUCGAGUAGAUUACACAGAACACCUCAUAAAACGGAAAACGUUUUAGAUUCUGAUAGACACAAAAAACUAAUAUGAUUUGGAAUUGAGGAUGGGGCUUUAAUUGUGCCAAUUUAUACUUGCAGUAUCUGGGUGAGCACAACUGCAGGGAUUCAUGUGAGGAUUUAAGCCUGAUAACUGGGGAUAAGAAACAAAUUGGCAGUUAUCACAGUGGUCGCAUUGACACUGCAAACGUUUUUUAACAACAAAGCAACAAAUGCGUUCUAAAGCCAUAAGAGAGUAUCGACAGAGACAUUUUAUUAAAAAAGAAAAGCAAACAGAUUAACCCUUUGUUUGCCCCCUUCAUCUGAACUUUGUGAGCUGCGCCAUUAGUGCUCAUGCAUUUUGGACGGCAUGCCAUUUUGAGAAACGAGAAGUGGGGUUUCAAGGGUUACGUGCAAGGCUGGAAAUUGACCCUUCAAAAUGAAUUUAUCUUCUCUGAUUGGUAGGUUUAUUUACUAAUUCAUGGUCUUUAAAACUAAUUUAUUUCAAAUGGAGUUGACAAGGAUUCUCACCAGGGAUCGAUCUUAGGCCCGUUUUUCUAUUAACAGGUAAAAACAAUUGCUUUCAACUCUUUGUAGUUUCCUCCUUUUAUAUUCUGCACCAUUGAAACAGACUAAGAAUUAGACACGUCCAUUUUAAAAAAUGAAGCUUAAGAUUAGUCAUUCAGGGAUGCAUGUUUGUGAUGUUGAAAAGAUUAUUAUUUUUUUUUUUACUUUACUGUAAACUUUUCUUUACUCUAGCGCUUUCUUUUGCACUACACUUUCAGUCUGGCACUCGCCAGAGCCUAAAUCUGGCGAUUAGACCUGAUUACCUCUACACUGCUUGCAUUACGCACUUACUGUUCUGUCUGGCAUACUACAUAAUGCUCAUUUUACAGUACUCUACUCUUGGUGAGAGCCUCUCUCCUAAAAGGAUUUUAACACCCAUGAAGGGACAAUGCCGACUUAAGCCACACAGGACAGGAACGUGAUUCCAAUUCACAUCUUUCUACUAAAAUUAAUCGAGGGAGAGUGAACGCAGUCAACUUUUGACUGAUUCUGGCUGCUCCCUCGUCGCUGCUUAUAGUCAGUCACUGACAUGUAUAUUUAUAAAAAGAAGAGCAUUUUCGCAGAGGGUUGGUUUUGGGGAACAUAGGUGGGGGAAAUGUAGGUAGGGUUAUAACUAUAUAACCCUGUUAUAUUAUAAAUUAGCGUUCUUUCAGAGAGCCAAUUCUUGUCUCUGAAUAGUUUCUUUUCCUCAUGUAAAACUCAGGGCAACUGAGACAAAUAUAGCGAUCGUGUUUUUAGAGAAACAAUGCAUAUUACCUACUUGAACUGGAACCUGUGACAAUUCCCAGUCAGUGAGUUGGUUCAGGGGUAGGGCUUUAUACUGGGCGUAGGUUGGGUCGAGCUGAGCCAUGGAUUGCAGAUAUUGGUGGGCUGUUAUCAUUCAAAACACCUGGCCAGUUGGGAAUUUUCUGAGAUCUCUCUGAAAAUAGCACUUUGUUUAAAAAUAAAAGUGAAUAUGUUUGGGUGUGUGUUUUAAAGUAGCUUUUGCAGUAGCAGAUAGCAUAAAGGAGACUUGCAAGAUCAAAGGGGGAGCAUUUCAACGACCCCCGGCGUCCUGCGGCUUAGACCCAAACAUGCUCACUUUGUUUUAAAAAAAUUACCUCUUCAGUAUACAGUGGUCGACAGCUUAAAUUCUCAGAUUUGUCUAGUGUUGCCUCACUGUUUAUUGUCACAUCGCCCCUUUUUCAAAUCUAAACUGUGUCCUCUGAUGUAUAUAAAACCUAAAAAGCGCAUAGAUCUGUGAAGAUUUCAAAGAGAAGGCUUUUGGAAUGGCAUGCUCCACUUUGAUGUUGUUUUGAAGGGCAUUUUGGUAUAUAUCACUGCUUGGUGCUCACCCAGUCUGUGACAAAAAAUUAUACUUCAAACUUCAGGGUUUCUGAUGAUGAAACUGACUCUUUGAAAUGUACCUUUUAUUUAUUUCAUUAUUUAAUUUGAAUCAUUUAAGUAAAUGGCAUGCACCAGUUAAGUGGAGGCUGAUUUACUAUUUAUAAUCUGACACUUGGUGGCGGGGUUGUCAUCAAUGUAGACAACCGGGAACACUGUCUUAGUGAAUUCAAGUAAUUCUAGCCAUUUCCCACAUUAUAUUAGGCUUGUAUAAAUUGUAUAUAUUUCCUACAGUGCUAUACUUGUAAGUAUGUGUGUCAUUUUAAUUAUUGUUCUGUUAGCUUUGUUUAAUGAAGUUGCAUUGCAGUUAUAGCCAUGUGUGCGGACACUACUGAAAUAAAUAGAAAUCAGAGUAUUUUAAUCAAUACAAAAUACAAUAGUAAACCCCUGAUGUGACAUAUUUGGUUCAGUUUUUUAAAUUAUGAUCACAUACUACUGUACUUCUACAUGAAACAAGUCGAAGGAAAUAAUUUUAUGUUUAAGGAGUCAUAACUAAGUUAGAAUCAUAUUCAUACUUAUAAGCUCCCUUUAGGUCAUCUGGCAUCAAAUGCACCAACACUUUACCAAUGCUGAGCGUUUGAAGUGUCUAAUUAGUUAGGUCCUUUAUCAAUCAAUCAGUCAGUUAGUUUUAUUUAUAAAUCAAUGUCAUGUAAAAUACUACUCAGUUUUGAUUGACUCUUGAAAUUUAAACAUUUCUUAAACAGUAUUUUUGUCUUGUUUUACAGUAAAAAUAUCUAAAGAUGCAUAAGUCAAGAUACAUUUUCUUGGUUUCUUAAUUCGAAACCCUUGAAUAAAAUUUUUCUUACUUACUACAUUCUUCUUAUUUGGCAAAUUUACUUUUCUCGUUUUAAGAAUAAAUUUUGUUGGAUUCUUCAAAAUGUUUACUGUAAAACAAGAUAAAAUAUAAGUUUGAAGUGCAACUAGUAAAUUAGUAGUAGAUCAGUACCUACAACUGGUUUGUUAGUACUACUAGUACAAACAUACUCUAUUAUAAUUGAAUAUUUGCCCCUAUAAUUGGCACUUAAAAAAUAUUGCACUGGUGGCAAUGACUGGAAGUUCUUUUGCAGCACUUAAAUCUAAAAGUUUCAAACGUUCACUUCUUUAUUGCUAAUCUAGAAAGUUUUGAACUUUCACAAUACUACUGUACAUUCUGCAACCUUUAUUUAUCAUCAGCUGUCUGAUUCACUAUGGUGCAUGCCAUUUCAACAUAUUUACUUAAUUUGACUUUAAUGAUUAAUGUAUUACAGGGUUAACGGCUCCCCCUGUCCAACAACAUCCUCCUCCUCCUGAAGAAAUUAUACCGUCUUUACGCAAAUGAAUGUAAAACCAUUUACAAAUAACUUUUAACUAGUUGUUUAGAAAAUAUGGCACUUUCACAUUUCAUACUUUGAACAGACUGUUUUAGUUUUUCUCUUGCUGCUCGUGUUUUAAUAGUUUUCGUUUGUUUGUUUUGCGUUUCUCUGAAACGUACACCUGUAGCCUUCAGUACUUUCGUAUCUCAGGAUAGAUUCAGCAGAAGGGUUCGCAAUAUUCGUCAGUCGGAUAACGAUGCAGACAUAACUACCUGUACAAGACGUGCAUAUACAUGUUAUAUUAACUACAGUCUUUGCACAAUAUACCUCAUCCUUGGGAAUAAACGCACCUUUCUGUGCCACAUCCUUAAAUACCAUUCAGGGGCACGUGUAAAAGGAGCAGUUGAAACUCUGGGAAAUUAAUUUUAUUUUCCUAUUUCACCCUCUUUUUUGUCUUCUACGAGAGGGAUGGCAAGAGAGGCAUUUCAUGUGUCUGACUGACCAAUAUUUACACCCUUUUCAUUCAGGUACAGAAAAUCGAACUUUUUGAAUACAAUCAAAAAUUUCGCUUAACAUUCUCAUCUUGCCAAUAACGGGUCCCAUCCUUUAAGUUAACUCAUAACAUUGAUUGUCAAGGCAAAUAUCAAAGGAUACUGUAGGUAAGCCAUGAUACAUUUUUCCUGUACUCUGAAAUGCGAUUUAACCGUCAUGGGUGUUUUUGUGAAAAACACAAAUGGAGGUUUGUUGGGGAGAAUAUGGGACAGGUGGAAAUGUUAACCUUCUGUUGUUUCUUUGCUCUCUGUAAACUUGUUUUUAAACUGCAUUCCAAAAAUUUCAAGAGAUACCUUUAUAUGGAAGAAAAAUCUAUACAUAUACAAAUGAAUAUAUAUUAUAUUUAUUUUACUGUUUAUCUUUUUAUUUGUCUUUUUCUCUGGUUGAAAUUGAAAUGCUACACUAAGAAAACGACGCUGACAGCUACAACCUCAGUUUCUGUACCAUAUGAAGUGCCAUUUGUUUGUCUCAAGUGGCUCAUGAUUUCUUUUCUGAAAAGAUGUUCAGAUAGCCUUUUUUUUCUUUUUCCCUUUUAUGACUUUCACUGCAUAUCCACAUAACGGCAUUACCUCAGGUGAGAUCUCCCAGAGCAGCUGAUUCUACAUUUAGUUGUAGAAAUCAGGACCUGUACUUGACUUUUACACGUUUCCAAAAACGCAACUAUUACUUUACAAGGAAGCAGUUUUUAAAUGACGCUAGUCGCAUUUUUGUUUUCCUUCUGUGUGUUUUAAAAUAUUAAUGCUUUGCUUAACUGAACCACGGGUCUCUUUUUGAAUGCAACAUUAUUGACGUUAGCACACGAAAGUUCAAAUCGAUAGGGCACACAUUUGUACGCCACAAUUAAUACACUCAAAACACCAUCAGGUCUACAUCAUGUGGGUGGUUAUAUAGUUUUAGGCUAAUGGUUUGAUAUCUUAAUGAGAAAGAAACAGAAAAGGCAUGUAUGGAUGCAUAGGGACUCCAAAUUAGCUGUCUUAAUUAUUAUUAUUGAUUAAAUGUCUCUUUUCAAUGUCAUUUAGAUAAAUAAUUAGUUUUUGGGUUUUUUAAAUAAUUUUUUUGUUGUUGUUUUGCUUAAGCACAGAAUUAUCUUUUAUCUUGUCAUGUUACAGUUCUUUUGGGUUUACAACUCCCUCCACCCCCCACUGAUUUUGGCAAAAUGAAAAUGAAUAGGCACACCUUUAUUUGACAGAAAACAUCUUUGAAAUUGGGAGAAACAAAUUGUCGGCAAACAUUGUAGUCCAAUUCAGUUGUACUGUCAAUCUAUGCACUUGAGGGGGUAAAGUUACUUGCACCAUUAACUGUUUCCUGUGUUUGUGAUAAUGUUAAGUAGUUUUAGGGGCCAUCCUUUACAUUUAAUGGCCUGAUAUUAAAUCAAAUAUUAUUGACUUGGAUAUUGACUAUUGAUUUAGAUGACCAUCAUUUGCAGCAGUACAGCUUAAAAUAGCUGUUGUCAUGGUACAACUUGCAGCACACGCCAUGGUAAAAGACAUGUUUUGAAUGUAACCUUCUAGAAAAACAUGUCUCAGAGAAAACUGAUGGAAUAUGCACAGACAGUUUAGCUCAGAAUAGAAUAAACUCAGAUAUGUGUGUUCACUAUGAUAUUGAUGCAUUUCAUUAGAAUAUGGGUGUCAUCCGGAGGGCCUGUUUUGCAGUGUUCAAUCAUCACCAAUAGUUCAAUAAUUGCAUUCAAUCAUCAUUACAGGAUUAAUCUUUGUUUACUAAUAAUUUAAAUAAUAAUGAGCCAAUACCUACCGAUAAUUGGAACAACAAUUGAAAAUCAUUAACCAAGGUGACCUGCAAUCUGUUAUUUUUCUUAAAUUAACUUUAAUCAAUGUCGUCUUGAUUGCUUUAAUGCAAUUAAAUAAAAAUAAAUAUGUCCUACAUAUAUAAUAGUUGAAGUGUGUAAUUUUUGGGCCACUAUUGGAAUUGGAAAUUUAAAAACUAUUCGAAUUCCAAACACUCAUGUGGUUUUUCAUUGGUCCAGAAAACAGAUAACCACACCCCUAACACACUAUUGGUUAAGCCAAUGUUGCUAUGCUAGGCUGGGGUGCAUUUCCCAAAAGCAUCGUUAGCCGACUAGGGUUGAAAAUUCCAUUGAACUCUAUUGGUAAUGAGAGAACUUGACAGAAAUGCACCUGUGGGCAGGAUGCUCAAACAAAUAGGGGUGCAUUUCCCCUACAACAAUGUAACUCACUGCUUAACCACCAUAAUAUGAUGCAUCAUUGUAGAAACUAACUAGCUAGUCACGCCUCUUUCCCAAACAUCGUCGCAUCUCCGUCAUUUGAACCAUGUGGUGAAGUAAUAGCUUCUGUCUUACUAACAAGAAACUAUGCUUCUAAUCACAGGUCGAGAGCUGUAGUUACAAUCACAUAAGUUUGCGAUGCUGUAUGUGAAUGUUUGAUUGAACUAUGGUUUCGAAAAACACAGAAUUGUUGAACUGUGUUGGUAAUGAAAGGACAUGCAACCAUAGUGGCCUAACAAUGCUGUCGGGAAACGCACUACUGAUCAAUGUUCUGAGUAUUUAACACUAUUUAUGCUUUUUAGGGGAAUCAAACAACAAAGGUAAAAUCAAAAAGUUAUUUUCUAGUCAACAUUAAAAAUCAGGGACAACAAAGACUUUUAAUAUCAAUGAAAUUACUUCCUUCAAAGGCUUGAGUGAAACUGUGAAUUAUAUGGAACAGGGCCAUGAAAAUUCAACACCAGACCACUGCCUCUACUGUCUCUAUUAAAAUGAAAUAUUAAUAUGGCUGACGAUGAUGACUUAGUCGUUCUUAAGAGGUUCAAUGCUAGCUCAGUGAGAGGUCAAACAGAGAGCUGUGAAAACGCAAAUGAAAGUGGAAAGGAGAAAAUGGGCUUGAUCAAAUGGCCAAUGUUCUUCUAGAACUUGAGAGCUUUGGGCUAUGAAAGGGCUGCCCUUGUGUUGCCAUGACAAUCUUGCAAGAUCAUUCACAAGUAAAGGUGUGUCUAUUCUAAUUAUGCUUUUAUUAAUGCAAAACCCACAUUCUUUUCCUGUUUUUUAUUUUAAACCAGUAUUUUAUGUUAUUUCUACCAUUGAAAUGUAAACCUAGUUUGUGUUAAUUUGGUUUUCUUGCUAAUUUUCCGAGACAGAAAUGAAGAGAAUAUUAGUUUGAAAAUGUAUUGGGAGUUACAGAGUUUCCAAACAAGAGUCCUUCCUUCUGCCAUCUGUCCUUGUACUAUGCUGGCGUUGCAUGGUAUUUCAUGCCUGAAUCUGCUCUUGACCAUUAACUUCAUCCAUGACUGUUUCAACCCCGCAGUCCAUUGAGUUCUGUGGGAUUAAGAUUAUUAGUUUUGCUACCUCAACAUUCAGAUGGUUUUGACAUAGGAGCCCUUUGGUAGUAAAGCAAAAAUGAAUUGUAUCUUGAGGGACUGACUGUCCCUACAGGCUUUUGUCGAUCAGGUUGUAUAAACAUGUUGGCGGUUUGAUCGGCUUACGUGCUGUACUGUAUGUAGCAUUUCAGAUGCACGGUUAACACUGGCUCGUUGUUCCCAAAGUCACGGUCCCGUUCUGUCGGAAAGCAGUUAUACAUACCACAUACACAUAUGUGGAUCUAAUAAGUCACAUUUUUGAUAGAGGUAAUGGUUUUUUUGGACCAAAAGGUCCCAAGUUAUGCAUCCCGACUGCUUUUAAGACCAGUGUUUGGGAAGAAUCAGGUUGACCGAUCUCCUCUAAAGUUGGAAACGCGUUGUUAUGUGUGUUUCCUCAAGAAUCUAGUAUAGUCAAGCCACACCAUAUUAGUUUGUGCCCUUGAAAUUCAAGCCAAAUGCAGUCUGUGGGCAGUAUCUUUGUUUGCGAAAAAUGGUCGCAUUUUCGUUAAUUUGCAUACGUCAAAGGUACGCAUCUUAUCUCUCGACGGGGUGCUGUGCUUACACUUUUUGUGGGUUUUUUCCAUGUAUGGAGUCGUAAGUUUUAUGGAGCAAAAAUGCCUUUGGCUAUCUGUUCAGCUUGUGUUCAUAUUUUCAAAAUACUUUUUUAAAGUUUCUAAGAUUUCUCAGAGUAGAGUCUUAACGUUAUAAAGGUUUGGCGUUCAGUGUAGUAUGAUGAUCAGAUCCCUUCUCCCGUACCCCCUCAGGUUAAUGCAUGAGAGUGGAAUGAUUAGGCUCGGCUAAAGAUUGAUACCUUUUCUAUAUUUCUUAAUACUAUUGAUAUUGUGAAUACUUAAACGCUUGCCUUUAGGUUCCAUUUUAUUAUUGCCCAUAAUUCAAAAUUCCAAUGGUAAUGUGGUCCAAAUAAAAACAUUUUUGGUGAUUUUAUUUUGCAAUAUUAAACUAUGAGUGGGAAAAUGAGUCCAGCAAGGCAAUACUUGUGAUUUAAGUCCCCUUGACUUGAGAAAAGUGAGUUUUUUUUGUCGCAGGCCCAAGAAAGCAGGUCGCCCAACAGCUGGACAACUUAACUGCAUGUCCUUAUCAGACUGCCUUUUCCAUUUAAAAAGAUUCAGCCAAAUAUCCUUAGUUCAGUGCUUUAUAAACGGCGAGGAUUGUAAAGUACAAAUUUCCUGGGGAAACAAAAAAUAAAUACGCUCUAAGUUUAGAUAUUUUGUUCGGUCCCUCGAGACCCACAAGGCCACAAAGACUAUUACUUUUGUUUCUGUUGUCUGUAUAAUAUGUGAUGUUUCAACUUAAAGAAAAAAACCUUACAACACAGAAUACCUCAGAUAAUAAAUCCAUGUAAAUCUUGACAGCCUCCACGUGUAGAUAGAGCCUUGUUCACUGCCUCCCCAUCUCUCAUGUCUGUCGGACGCCUCUUCUUUCAUUUCACUGCCCAUUAUGUGUUGUGGAGGUUUCAUUACUUUCUUUUCAUGUUUGUUUUUUAGUCCCAGGAACAAAUUAACCAUUACUUCAUUCAUCGUUCCUCUGUGCUUGACGUUUAGCGGCGUUCACACUGAAUUCACUUUGCAAGUCACUCGAUUCCAAUGAGAGUUGGCGAUUUGAGGUGACUUGAGCGUCAGACUGUUGUUGAUGCGACCAAAUUGAGCUAACUUUAUGCAAAUGCGUAGUGAUGCGGUGACAACCAAUGGGAGUCUAGACUGUGAUUUGUCACCUGGUUCAUUUGGAUACUGUGGUUGAGUAGGAACGUCAUCUAGCAACCAACAGUACAGCAACUUUGUGACCUCCAGAGUUUUUAUCGAAGACAGUGUGAAUGCCAUUUUAGGAAGGGAAGACAUUGCCUCAGUAGUAGAUGCUUAUUUUUACAGUCCAUUUCAAAGUAACACAGUAAUUAUCAGACUAAGUACCAUGUUUCUAAUUGGAGAUUUUGGUCUAUUACCAUAAAUUAAGUUACAGCUCCAAGUUUGGCCAUUCAAAACUAGAUUUUUAAGUGAAAAGGUGGGCUUUGUCUUUUUUUAGAGGUAGUUUGUUAAUUAUAAGCCAUAGUUCACUCAUUUGUCCAACGUAAUUUCAUCAUUCAUUCUCAUUAUCAACUAAACUGAAUGUAGGGGGAAAAAGAAUAAAAAAAAAAUGAAAUUCUUAACACACAAACUAACUUUUUAUGUAACUAUACAUACUUUAGGACAAGCUAUAGAUUAUUAUAUUAAUGUGUUCUUAAAUAUAUAUACACUCAACAGUCACAGUGCAUUGUAUAUAAUGUUCUGUAUAGUUAUAUACUUACGUAUCUUCUGGAACGAGAUGUUUAUCUCUUCCUCAUUUGAUUCAGGGAACAAACAUUUCAGUGCAGUAUAUUUAGAGUCCUGUGUACCGCAUUUGUAUAGUUCGUUUUCAUUUGCUCACAUUUCUUUUAUCGUCCACAUAAUGGAAGUUAGUCUUGAAGUAGGCUAAACAAAGAAUAAAUUAAGUUAUUGUAAGGCAUCUAACGCUGCAGUGGUGCAGACAGUUGUGUUUUUCCACAAUACUGUACAAACAAAAAUAUAUAUUGAGAGGAAGCGCAAACUUUUUAAGGUGGAUGUGUAUAUAGUCUCCAGUCCAUUCCACAAUGUAAUUUUAUUUUACCCUUUUAGUUGAACACCAUUUUAAGUGAUUUUAAAGUAUUUAUUGCGACAUCAGCCGAAGAUGUAAAUUAAUUUUCCCCGUGGAAAAAAAAGAAGUUAACAGCCAGGUUUUGCGGUAUUGCUUGUUAUUUUUGCUUGCUAAUUGUACAUGAAAUUUAAGUACAGAAGUAGGAUGGUUAAAAUUGUUUGUGAACACUGAAUCUCUAUCGGACGAUGUCCUAAAAUCAUCCUUAUUCGUUACGAUGAGGAAACGCGCCUUCGGUGUGCUUUGCUGCAACUGCUUUUUCUUAACGAUAAUGAUGUUUAUUACUAAUAUAAUUUUGCGUGUGAACUGAAACGUCUCUGUAGCUGUGAGCUGGUUGUGUAUGAGUGUGUGGAAUUGUUCGAGGUUUUCAUUUUUCGCUUUUUGCUCAUGCAGUUUGUGGAUAAACCAUUUCUUACAUACUAAAUCAUACGAUUUCUGAUAAGACAAGCCUCUGAGUAGUGGUUUUCAUGAUCAUCUGUGAAAAGAAAGAAGAAAAAUGUUCCUUAAACCAUUUCUCUAUUUACCUUAAAUCCUAUUAUUAAGCCACAACUAUGAAUCCCUCAGGGACAAACGACACUGAUUCAAUCUAUUCAGGUACUUUCUCUAGAUUCUGCGGCCUAGCUGUUAAAAUACGACAAAAAAUAGUACAUAUUUUUUGAAAAAUUGAGCAAAAGAAAACGGUCGCUCGUGACGAGAGUCAUUUUUAACCUGUUGUCGCUUAAUUUCUUUUCCUCUGUCCUUUUUAGUUUUUGUAUUCUUUGUAUCCAGACUUAAGUACAAUAUACGAAAUGAAUGUCAAGCUGAAACUUCAGGUGAAGAGCAACACUCAGCCAAGACAGUGCUUUUCAUUACAAUUUCCUCUGCACACACUGUGCCUCAAAUGCCUGAAGACAAUAGAACAACACUAUAGCGACAAACACCACAUCAGAGCCCUCAAUGAUAGUGGUCGACCGGUCUCAGCACUCCUAUACAGACGUACCUCUACAGCGCAAGGCCUGAUCUUUCACAUUUGCAGUCAGUAAUUGGUAGUUUCGAUCUCUGCUUUUAGCAUGUAAGUAUUUCAGCGAAAAAACUGCCUGAAGAAAAUGCCUCUCAAUAUGUGAUUGGCUUUACGUUGAGGUCUGAUUUUCUGAUUUUAUUUUUGUGCUUGUUUUUCUUUUCUCGAGCUUUUAGGUGCCUACUCUUAUUGUCAAAAAAAGCUCAAAAACGUAAAGGAUUUAUGAACUGGCUGUGUUUUGCUGAUUAUCAUCCAUAAUUAUUAUUAGAAAGACAGGAAUCGUUUAUAAUAAAGCGGUCGUGUGAAACAAGGACGGCAUUUACUCCUCAAUUAGUCUUGGUUGUUGUUAUUUUCCCUCGGAUUUGCAGUUCUUGAAACAUUCCUGUUGUUGUUCUUGUCAUCGUGGGUUUUAGUUUGCGGCAGCGAGUUUGUUGUUUUCCACACAGGCUUGGAUUCAAAAGUUCAGGCUUGAUUUAAGGCAAAAAAAGGAAAUACUUACAUGUUAACUCUUUUAAUACGAGACGGAACGGGUUUUUAAAACGCGGAGGUUUGCCGGUGUGGGAUAAGGUGCUGCUUUUUCCGAAUAUUCUCUGUUUUCGAUAUACCUCAGACCAUCUAGAUCGAAACGAGUGCUUUUUUACGAAAUGGCAUCUUGACCUGUAACACACUGGUUCCUUAGAGUCAGUCCAAUUGAUGGAAGACAGGCGAUCCAAAACUGGAAUAGACCUCAUUUCAAUAUAUACUGUUUACUCUUUGACAAAAACAUUGUAUAGUUUAAUAUUUUCUUGUACUGUAGGUUUAUUUAUAUUAAUUUGUUCUUUUUUGUACUGUGUGUUUGACUUUUAUUCUAGACUAUUAUCGAUGUCCGUGUUCGAGCACUUACGAGGAUCACAACUUUUUUUUUUUGUUUGAUUGCACUAUUUGUUUAGGGUUUGUUUGUUUUGUUUUGUUUUCCGUUUGAAUGCAAAUUCUUAUUUUUUGAGCUGGGCUAAUGAGUAAUAAGCUGUCUCCUAAUGUAUGUGAUUUUUAAAAAAAAAAUUUAAAGAAAAAAACUAGAUUUUCUGUGGUCUAAUUAAAAAAAAAAAAAAAAAAAGUUUUCUCUUUCUUUUUAUUUGCAUUGACCAUUAAGCAAAAUGCUGAUUAGAUCCGUCUUUGUGCAUGUGUGGAGUUUUAAUGGUUAUAUUUUACCCAUUAAGAAAAAAAAAUUCCAUUUUUCAACGCAUUUUAAUUGUAACAUUGUGCAAGUUAGUAUUCACUGGAUGCUAGAACCUUCUUAUGAAAACCACUAUUCUUCUAAUAAAUUUUUGUUGUGAAAAAGUG